AUCACGUGGGAGGCCGUAACCACAAAAAUUAACUCAAUUUAUUCAUAGCUUCAUAACAGAAUACAAAUGGCAGCCGAAAUUUUGGUCGUUGAGGGAUGAUUCUCUCGUUAUGUUAUAAUAUUGUAACGUUGGUUAAAGGAUUUGGGCGGGAUAUAGCGCUCACAGAAUGAAGGUUACGGUUUGUUUUGAUACAGUUUGUGUCAUCGUUCCGUGUGGCAAUGGCGAGUUGACAGUAUCCGAACUUAUACAACGCGCGAUUUCAAGGUAUCGCAAAGCAAGUAACAAGGCAAGUCCGAAUACUGCUAAGCCUCUUUCUUGACAUUCAGACAUUUGUGUUAUGAAAACAUCUUUGCUUUUAACUAUUCUUUAUGUAUUCUUGAAUGCCGACCUUGCAUUUGAUAUAAUUAUACCUCGGAUUCGCUCACAAGAUUUGCCCCAGGGUUGAUUAAAUUCUCAUUUAGUCCCGAUAUAAUUUUACUCGUUCUAUUUGCCAGUUUGAAUAUUCAAACCGUGCUUUACUCAUCUUACUAUGUAUGUUGCUGAAUUUACAACUGUUGAUUUAAUUGAAUUCGCGUUUUCUUGGAAACUGCGAGCUUGUAUUCCAUAACUUUCAAUGUUCUACUUCAUUUUCCGGCGUCACCGGAUGAGUUAUUCGAUUCGUAUAAAUUUACAAAUGUUAUGUAUCCAAGGUUCCUAUUAAAGUUUGUAUCGAACCGGCAGUUAAGAAUAAUCAGGUUACAGCAAUCAAACCUCUGCAUAUUUUAUUUUAACCUUUCAAAUCCAACUUAAGUAAAUAUAACUAGGGAUUACAGCUGCAAAUUUUCAUGUCGAUCCACCAGAACAUUCGUCGUCAAAAUGUCGACAGUACACAUGCGAAAAAUCAUAAAUCAUUUUCAGCAUUUAGUCUACAGUUUCCCAAGUUUUCUCAUUUCUUUUUUAGACUGGAAAUCGUUGUUUUUAUUUUAGUUCUAAGGUUCCCAUUCUGUGUUGUUCAUUUUUGUUGAUAGAGCAUAUAAUCGAGUAUCGAUCAAUCGUACUUGUAUAGUCUUCAGUUUGUAUAUAACUUAAGCUUAAAUCACAAUUUGCUAAGGCCUCAGCAUUGAUUCAUAAUUUUUUUGAUAGACACAUUGUACAGAAGGUAUGUCAUUACAAGAAACAGUUAAAAGUCCAAUUUAAUCAAAACAUGAGCUUUUUUUCCAUUUUCUUCUAGUCUUCCGAGGAACUUAUUCAAGUACAUUUUUUGGAGACAAAUGAAGAUCAUGGAAUACUUGAUCCUGACGACGUCCUCUCAGAUGUGGUCGACGACAAAGACAAGGUUCUGAUUUUUCCUUCUUAUUAUCUAUACUAUCUCAUAUCUACGUCAGUAUUUUUCUUUCUUAUUAAAGGGGGAUUACACUGAAUGUUCCUUGUUUUUUAAAUUCUUUAGUUAUGAUUCUAUUUUUAAAUGAAGUUUACAACAUUGAAAUGAACAUGAAGUUAAUUGUUGUAGCGUGAUGCGUGAUGAGCUUACACCUUACCAAUUGUCCAGAAACUAUAGCUUGGUACUGCUUUUAUUUCUUUGUUGAUACGAAUUACUGUCUGUUCUUCAUUACUGUGGCUUAGGAAGAACAAUCUGAUGUGCUAAGUAAUUUUAGAAUGAAUGCUCUCAAGAAGAUCAGUUUAAUGUUUGUUUAGUGAAUUUUAAGUAUUUUGCCCUCCUGCAAAUGUUGUGAUCAUGAGAAAAAUGCAAACGUUUUGUAAACAAUGUAAAAAAUUGUCAUGAAGGCAGAUUCCACUACAGCUUCUUUUGCUGCUGUGAGGUCAUAAGACAAGUGUUAAAAUUGUGCCUCUAAAAUCUCACCUAAAGUUUUUCUUUUGGACAAUUUACUUCAUUAAUUAGCCAAAAUUUGUUUUGAAACGGAUAUUGUGAAAUACCAUUGAAUGGUGGUAGCUUUGGUAAUUUCCAUUUUAAUAAAAGAGUUGUUAAUUUGAUGAGAAAUAGCCACUAACCUGAAACAAAUUAAAACUUUAUAUUCUGCCAAAAUAAUUUAUUAUUGAGUAUAACUUACCGUUUUCAUUGACUACACGUGCAAGGUCAAGUAAUGUCCUUAUGGUUGGGAAUGAAAUAUUGGCCCAUGUUAGAAAGUUAUGUGGCAGAUAUUUGCUUGCUUGUACAGACUGUGGCUCAUUUUGUUAUUCACGCUUCUGUGUAAAAGCUGUCUGUAGGUGAAUUACAUUAUUGGGUUGAAGAUUCAACAACAAUGCAACGAAAUGCUUUAAACAAUAUAAACUUGGUCGCACUCACUGACAUCUUUGUGAAAAGGACUUCACAUUUCAUGAAAUGACAAAGCUUAAACUAAGGUUUAUAAUACUGAGAGACAAUUGUGGAAAAGAAAUUCCUUCAUAACACAUAUUUGCAGUGUGCAGUUAUCUUAAAUUUGAUCUGAGCUAGAAUGAUGCAAGAUUACUUUGUAUUCAUUUCAACUUAAAUUUCCAUGCAUUUGUUUAACAUUGCAGACAUUAAAUAACCACUAGGCCAAUGUCCUUUGUUAUUGUUGGCUUCUGUUAUCUCAUUAAAAAAGUGUCUUUUGACAACUUAUUUUGAAGGCUAUGUUAAGUUGAAUAUUUCAAAUUCUUGCAGGGCUUUAUUUUCUCCAAGAAAAAUUGUUGCAAGAUCAAAUCGUCUGAACUUAUGAAAUCUAGCUUCUUUGCAGUUUAAACAUUUUCUUAAAAAAAAUAAAGUUUUUCCUGUCCUCCAGAGGCAGGAGUUAGUCGCUAGCAGCCAUAGGGUGCUUCUUCCUAGAGAGCACACUACUGAUGUGUUUGUGGAUUAUUUUUGGUAAUUUAGCCAAAAACUAUUAAUGGAGUUAGUUUUAUUAAAAGCUACCUAAAAUGGACCAAGUAAUGAAAAUGUGGUUCUGAUUUUAAUAGAGACAAUGAUUUUUGAUCUAACUACUCAGAGCAGCUGGAGUCUACUAUUAACUCUCUCUUAAGAUGGACACCUUUGGGAUGGACACUGUGUCUGUCUUAGAGAGUUAGAAGGAUUUGUAUGAGAAAAACAACUUUUGCCACCCAGUCACGCUUGAAUUAUGGUUUUCCAUACAAAUCCUUACUGCAACGUACAUCAUUUCAGUGGCAUAAAGUGAGUUACAAUGUAUAAUGCUUUAUGGUUCCUUUUUACAUGAGAGGUUAUUUCUAUGGGAUCUGACUUUCAAGACACGGUUGAAAGGCAGCUGUAACAGGAAAUUUACAAAUAAAAAUAGAUCUUGCAAAAAUUUUUAUGCCAUACAGUACAACUGUGUUCUUAGGUUUGUUAGGAUGUGAAAUACCGUAAAAACUCGUGUAUAAGCCGCACCCCCAACUUUCAAGCAUGAUUUUGAAAAAAAAAAAAAAACCAAAAAUGCGCUUUUGUAAAAAAGGUGAUCGUUUGUUCGCGCAUCAAAAUGUUCACAAAUAAACUUGAGGAAAUUUAAUGUUGUGUAUUUGCAGUGACAUUUUAAAUAAGUUAAUCAACUCUGAAAAUACCUUUUAAAAGGUUCUCUUUAAUCAAUUUCCCCAUUUCCUGCGAAAGACAACAGCUCUCUUCAUUGCUAAAGCCCACAGUUGAAAUGAAAAUGGAACGAUGGAACGAAAGUAAAGCGCUGGAGAAUGCUACAAAACGAUUGCUUAGUAACCACGCGUUUAUUUGAUGAGGGAAGUCUGGACACCAGAGAAGGACACAAAACGACGAAACGGUCGGCCAUUUGCCUCGCGAAUUCUCUCGAAUAGCGUGGUAUUUUCUUGCACGUAGCGGGGAAAUCAGCGUUGAAGUGAUCGGUCGCAGACGACACUGUAAGCAGCUGUGCGGAGGAAUGGAGAUUCCGUGCCAGUUAGAGUUUAACUGCUUAAACAAAGCGCAGAUGAAACGCUUAAAAGAACUACUGGCGAGCAAGAUUCAGGUAUAGAACCUGAAGAUGCAAACAAACGGCUCUUUUAGGAGCCACCACUUCUACUGAAAGCAAUGAUCAACGACAGGUUUCAAUAUGUUUAAUCUUUAUUUACUGAAGGUUUUCAGUUCAAUUUGUGACCCCUACAAACCAGUUUACUCCCUUUGAGAGCAAUGGUCUCGUGUAUAAGCCGCACCUGCGAUUUUUGACUCAAAAUUUCGGCAAAAAGGUGCGGCUUAUACACGAGUUUUUACGGUACCACUACGUUUGGAGGUUUAUUAAUUUAAUGGUAAUAACUAAUUAAAUUUCAUGCUAUUUCAGUUGCUAGCUGUGUUUCAAGAAGGCUCAACUCUUCACCGGCCGUCGCAAAAUGGAGGAUACGGCACCAGUGCAUCAUCAGUGGGGACAGCAAGUCCUGAAUUGUCUCCUCGCGAAGAUGAAACCACAAAAUUUAUUGAACAGCCAGUAAAAUCAUUUGCUCCAGUUAGUAACACUGUUGAAAACACUAAUGGUGAAGUCAAACAUUUCUCCAGACACAUGAAAAGUCCUCCACCCCCUGUGGCUCCAAAACCUGUUAGACCUGUUCGGCAGGUUAAACAUAUCCUCAGUGCUAGGAGCUCAUUUGUAGAGUCUCUUCCUUCGGAAGAUUCUGGGAUAUCUACUCUUGAUGACCGUGACAGAUAUCGAAAUAGCUCAGACUCAUCAAAGUCUGAAAUUAAUGACAAUGUGUCGGUUAAACCGGCAAUUUAUAAAAGCAGGACAGGAGAGACUACUUUUGUUGCGAUAGGGAGACCUAUCAAAUCCCCUGUGUAUAAUGGUAAUUCGAAUGGAGAAAGGAGGCGAUUUUCAUCUACCAGUUCUGAUCAUGCAGAUAAUGAACACAGUGAAGUUGAAGAAGAAACGUUUUCUUUGGGACGGAACUCAACAAGAAAAUCAAUGUUUGUAGAUAGUCCUAUGCUGGACAGAUGGGCUGAACUGCAGGAGGAAAGAAUGUUUGGGGUGAGUUUAAAAAGAAUAAGACACCCAAGUUACAAUGGAGGUGCACUGUAUUUUUCAGGUUCAAUUUUAUUGUUGGUCCAAAGGCAUGUUAUUUGCCUUUGUUUUUGGGUAUUGUAAUGUAUGAAAAUACAAUCACAUAGAUUAAGAUUAAUUGAAACCUCAACACUGCGGUAUGUUUUGUAUGUAUAUGUUACAGGUGAGGUCAAAUUUAAUUUCACGUUAAUUUUGAUUUAAGCGAGGUUGAUUCUCAAUUUCAUUUUUCUCCUGGCCUUAGAAGACAAAGGAAAUUGAGAAUCAACCUUGGUUAAAAAAAUUAACCUAAAAUCAAAUUAGACCUGUAACUUAUAUAUGGUCUGGUUGUUGGUACGUCAGUAAUUUAAUCCAAUAUCCAGCCAUCUUGACGAAAUGAGCUUGGUGAAUUAAGGAUUUUAAUUUGGCCAAGAAGAAAACUAUUUCUUGCAGGACCAACAUGGGAAAUCUUAAAUGGGGAAGAUAUACUCAUUUUACCCACUCCGGUAGCCAGUCAGAACACAGGAUUUGCUUCCUCUUGCAUCUUGCAAAUUCAGCCAUUUAAUAAGGUGUUUUGUUAACUGUAUUUCUACUCUAUUUCUUUUUCAUUUAUUUUGCAGGUAAAUAACCAUAGGGGCGAGCCAGUCAGUACUGUAACAUCUCCAUCAGAGCCAAGUUCUAAUGAACCAGUUUUUGAUAAUCAUUAUAAUGAUGGUGAUGAACACUCUGAAGCUUCAGAAAGCAGUGGGUAAGAACAUCUCACAGUUUCACAAUGCAAAUAGAGAAAUGACAAUACAUGUACAUGAAAAGUGAUGGAAAUGAAAAUGAUGAUCAAUGGUAGUGAUUAUGAUGAUAAUGAUAAUAACUAUCAUAAUUAUAAAACAAACUCUGAAAACCCAAAGUGUAAAGCAAGUUAGUUAGGGAGUGUUUGACUGAUCACAUGCUGGAAUAAUACACAGAAAUUGUGACAAAACUUGCUUCUCUUUCUCGCCUCUCUCCAUGUUAUUAAUUUUUCCCAGAUUUCUUGAUUUCUCCAGAGAAUGAAGACUUGGAAAACAAGUAAUUUUUAGAGUUUAUCCCAUGCAUUCUUAUUCUGGGAGACAGAAUACUAUUUCUCAUACUAAGUUACCAAGAUCUCAAAGUUACCUUAUGGAAGGUGCAGUUAAGGUGCAAUUAUUGCACUGAAAGCUUUUUCAUAAUUUACUGAUUAUUGUAAUAUGAAAAAGCCUUUAUUUCAUCUUUAUUUUAUUGAUUAAAUUUGUUUCCUUUCAUUUUAUUGUGGUGGCUUUAGUGAAGCUGAUAUGACUAUGAUAGAAUUAAAGAGAGAGGAUUCUUCAGAAGGAUUGGGCAUCACAGUCACGGGAUACCGCACAGCUGAUGGCAGGUAUGUGGCAAUGCACUGCCAAUAAUGCAGGUAUCAGUGUUUAGACAGAGAGGAAAGGGGGUCUGGGCAUAGUUAGAAAGGGAUAUUUUAUCAAAUUUAAACUAUUUUUCAUUCAGUUAGGAAUUUGAUUAAAAUAAUUCAAAUGCCACACCUAUGCCCGUCCCUCCCCACCCCUUUCUCUCCGUCCAAACAUUGAUACCUGCAUCAAUAAAUUAGCUUGUGUGCCAAGUGUGUGUUAACAAGUGUGUUUUAGGAGUGUUAAGUGAUGAGAAAAAAACGGCUGGGUAGAAGACUAGGCACUAACAGAUUGUUUCUGUCCCUUUUUGCAACUAUUUGCACUUUCACUUUACAAUGCAGUUUACCAAAAAAUAUCACUUAGUACUCAUUCAAUCUAUGUAAAUAGUGGAAAACAUUGAGGUCACCAUUGAAUGUACAACCUCCAGAAGUAUAUUUCCAGUCCACAGCAAACUCAAUAAAGCGCAAAAUCAAUCUUGUAUUUAUUUGGGAGACGAGAGGGUUGACUAAAUGUACUUAGGCUACAAGUGCGUGUAAGUAUAUUCAGGGCUUUUGAUGCGUGUGGAAAGCUUUUGUUUGUGUUUAAAAACUUGGCUAAAUACCUCGUUUCGAGAUGACAGUUGAUAUGUCAUUAAAAAGUCGCUCUUCCUUAGCCGAAGAUUUCGUCUCUUUCCUUCUGCCAGUUUUUUUCCAAUAGUUGCUAAGUUUACUAGACAAGUGUCAUUAAAAUAAUCAAAUUAAUAUUUCCUCAUACAAUUCUUUUCUCUUCAGUAUUUUACAGGGCUAAAUUUUAUAAAGUCACAUUCACUUUACAAUGACAUUUGUCAACCAAAUUGGUUAAUGGGGCUGGGGUUCCAAUGGUUUGAUAUGCAGAUUUUACCGUCUAGUUUCUCCAGUGCAUAUUCAAAUUAGUAUUAUUUCUUAAAUUCUUUCCCAGGGAACUUGGUCUUAUUGUUCGCGACAUCACUUCAGAUGGUUGUGCAGCAAAAGAUGGCAGACUUCAAGUAAGCAAUUUUACUACGAGUUGUUUUUCAAUGCCCUUUUUUUUCAACCCAUCUUUAUUUCUGUACUUUCCGCCACCCUUUCCCCUCUCCCCAGUCCAUCGCUCAUUAUUUUUUUGUUGUUGUUUCACCCCGUUUUUUGCCUUUUUCCCCGCUGCGGAACCUGGUCACAGGCUAUUGAAACAGCCUUCAGAAUCCUUGUUAACAUUCAAAUAAGAAAUAUUUAUCUUGUUGGGAAAAGGUGUUAAAUAUAAAUGGCAUCGAUACUGUAAAUACUCGAACCAAUUUGAAUGGGCGCGCUUAUUUGAGAAUUCAUGGUAACUGUAAUCUAACUUGCAGAUAGCUGAUAGGAUAGUUGAAGUCAAUGGUUGGAGUCUUAUGAAUAUGCCGAAUGAAAGGUAACUACAUCACCACAGCAUCAUAGUUCUAUUUUUAAACCUUUCGUUUUGUUCCUGUUAAUAACGGCUUCAAGAUUACUGCAGUAGAAUAAAUGGGCGCCGGCAGUAACCAAGAGCCUGUUUACAUGGAUGUGGGCCACAGAUAGGUGAGGUAUCUCGCGGCAGGUCAUCCCACCUAUCAUGAAAACUUGCAUCAAACGGAGAUGUUUGCUACGGUUUGGCCUAUCGGCCACGCCUAUCCGGUGAGAACGGUACGGAAAACGCGUCUUUCAAAAACCCUCUCCGGCGUUGAGAUCUUUGAGAACGCCGUUUUGUACUCGUGUGGAUGGAUGAAAACUGAGCUUUUUUUGAAAUCGAUCCCAUCAUGGUGUUGGUUACCAGUAAAUGUGCAUGCUCCCAUGAAAGAUGGUACCGUUUUCAUUCCAGCGAUUCAAAAACGCAAGAAAUGGUCUUGGAUUUUGCUUUGAAAACGGAGAAAAGAAAUGUCCGUUUUCAAACGAAAACGGAUACGUGUGCACGGGUUAAUGGUAGUUUCAAAGAGUGACAUCUGCCUUGAAACACUGUUCGAAGAGUAUAGUUUCCUGAAAGCUCUUAAAGAAUCUCAUCUACUGUUGCAAUUUUUAAAUUGCUUUUCUCCUUUAGAGCCGAGGAGCUUUUUGCUGCCGCCAUCAAGUCCUCUGUCGUAAACAUUGGUGUAUCGCGGUCCCAUUCAUUUGUACCGGGUCAGAAGUCAGAUGACCAGCAAGAGGAACCGAAACUUGAAGUCAGUGAAACAGAAGAACAAGAAAAGUCGCCCAGAGAAGUCUUGCCGUUAACUCCCCAAUCGCUUAUUGGUUCGCCUUCCAUUCCUGACUCUAGCUUCAAGAAAAUAAACAAGAGAAUUCUUGUUGAACUAAUGAAAGGUAUGGGUGUUCGGUAGAGCUGGUGUUGAGUUAGCGAACUAAAAUCUGUAGUCGCUGAGUUUUAUUAAUUAUUCGUAAAGUUAAAUAAAAGGAGAUCGUCACAGUUGUGGAAGCAAAUUUUGCAGUUGCGAGAAGAAAGCCUGAAAAAAUCAGGCUUUUAUGGGAUUCGAACCAUAGCGGUGCGGUGCGUUCCCAAUGAUUUUUAGUAUACUCACUAUUUAAUUCGUAAAGUUGUUAAAACCUCUAAUUCCGUUUUCCUUGCCCUAAGAGAAUGUUUUUUUUCUAAGUGACGGACCUUAGUCUUGAGUAUUGUCCCGCUUCUUUAUCCCAGUAACGUUUCGAGGUCUUUCAAUGCCGCUAAACAACGUUCUUUUCCCUCACCAGGAAAUGAUGGGCUUGGAUUUAGCAUUACGACGCGAGAUAAUCCGGCGGGAGGUAACACGCCGAUAUUUGUUAAAAGUAUCAUGCCAAAAGGAGCUGCAAUUGAAGAGGGACAGUUACGUAGUGGAGAUCAAAUUGUAGAGGUAUGUACUAUUUUCUUUGAGGGCUUUUUGUGGACCAGCCUGAAAACCCUUUUUAAAGCUGGCCAAAUGAGGGCGAGAGUUUCCGCGCCAGUACAGUUCUUGCUCUCCUUUGGUCUAAAAACUCUUAUAACUCUCGGCGACUCUCACUCACUCUGAACGGCUGUUGUCUAUUUAAACCAGUUAGUUUUUAGGACAGUCCUUGACAGGCUGUUUUCCUCUCGUUUGGCUCUGGCUUGAGAGCUGUAUGGGAGUUUUGGGAUCUGCAGUUACAGUAAAUUUUAAUUUUGUGGGCUUAACGAAAGAAAUGGAGCCUGGGUGAGGUUUAUCGUCCCGUCAAGUUUUAUGAGGCAAGACCUUUCUGGUGAGGUUUCUUCACUAUGCCUUUCUUAAAAUUAUUUAUUUUAGAACUCCUUCUAUUCAUGUCAAAUUUUGAUCCUUGUUGGCAUCCUGAGAUGACAAAAGCCGCUUGGGAGUUCUGAAGAAGACGCUCGCUCUGUAAACUUUCUUUCAUUCAACGCUCACGAACAUUCGCUUCCCUUUAAUCCUACAGUACAUAGACUCUCUUCAAAGUCACUGUCCUCUCAUGAACAAUUUUUAGCGAGUUAAAAGACUGUUUCUUAAAACUAGAGCGAGGCCAGGUAAAAUUUUGGUGAGACGGAAAGCUGAUUUCUAUUUAACACGUACAUAUUUUAGGUAAACGGGGAGAAGAUGAAUGGAAAGAGCCAAGCCGAAGCUGUUAACGUGCUACGAAGUACGAGGGGUUUGGUUAAGAUUUUGAUUCAAAGAGAAGAAGUCAUGCAGUCACCCCGAACACCGGCCAUUGAGGUGAGCUGAGCAUGUGUUACUGUACAGGCACUCCAACGUUUUCUGGGGCAGGACAAGCGAGGAGAAGUUAGAUGCAUGUUGGCAGUGAAAGCAGGUUUCCACGUGGAGCAAGACUUUUUAUCGCCUUAGAAACUUGGGCUAGUCGAUAUUUGGUCUUACAUGUGAUGUGCAGACACAAAAUAUUAGGAGCAAAAAUUAGGAAAUUCCGGAUGUACGAUAGUGGUUUGGUAUUCUCUUGUGGCUUGCGUCAAAGUUAAACAACUGAACCAGUGACCAAUAUACAGUGUAGUCGCGUGAGCUAGUUCACAAUUGGCGUCUGUUUUUGCAAGAAAACUGAGGAAGCUCGUUAAGAGCUUUUGUUUGAAGGGCCAAAAAAAGUGGCAGUGACAUUCCUAGUAUUGGUUCGAAGGAUGCGCACAAGUUGUUCUAAUUACCGUGCGUUUUGACUCCUUAAAAAAGAAAAAAAAAAAAUAGGGGUCGACCAUUUGACUUGUGAGGGGGUUCUGGGUGAUUUGAUUUACGUAAGAUUUUUUUCCCAAACCUCUGGUGAUAGGUUUUUUCCCUGACAUACAAAGCCAUAGGCCACUCCCGUGUUCCUAAACCGUCACCUUCAAAAUGAGGUAAAGUGCUCAACCUGUCUUGUGAAAAUGAGUUUUAUUUGCGUGAGAAUGAAAAGUCAUUUCCAUAUCAAAGGCUGAGCACUUAACCUUGUUUUUAUACAGAGGCCCGAAGGAACUCGGAAAAGGCCUAUUGUAUGGCAGGUAUUUCCUUGAAAGAUUUUUUUUGCUCGAAAUCAGUUUGCAGGAUAUUUUUCACUGAAAUCACCCUUAACCCCCUCCCCCCUUCUGAAAAGCCAAAUGGUCGGCCCUUAGCUUGAUACUGACUUUAUCUUUUCGCGCGCUUUUUCUCGGUUUGUCCUUUUAUCCAUAGUUUGUUUUCUCUAAAUCUCUGCUCUAACCAAUAACGACGAACAUUUUUUCUUUCAACCAAUCACACGCUAUGUAAGAACUAGUGGCUCCAUUUUCCCCCUCGAUGAUAGGUUUACAGAACGCGUUCUGACAAACAUUUUUUAUCCAACUGUAGCAAAUUUUUAAACUUGUUUUUAAGCUUUCUCUCAACAAAGCUUAUCGUUUUCUCGCUCUAUUUUGCCUCUUAAGGUGAAUGAAGACAGCUUACGUCACUUCCGAGAAGAAGGCCUUCAAGUAUUGACGUUUAAAAUCCCUUUGGACGUGUCAGGUGCCGCGGGCCUUGGGGUCAGCGUGAAGGGAAAAUCAGGAGCAUCUUCUGACAAGGGUAGGAACAGUCCAAGAGACAAAGGCAUCUUUUGCAAGUCCAUCAUUCCCGGGGGGGCGGCGGCUAAAGAUGGCCGUCUUCGCCCAGAAGAUCAGCUCCUUCGUGUUAAUGGAAAAUCUUUGGUUGGUUUAACUAACCAAUCAGCAAUGGAAACGCUUAGACACGCGAUGCAGUCCACGCGUCCUAAUCAAGCAUUCAUUGACGUCACUAUAUCUCGGGAGCAAGACGAGUUACCCCCUCCCCCUGGAGUGUUGCUUCAGAGCAAGUCUCUAGAGAAGCUUAAUGCUCCUGACCAGGAGAGGCCCAUAGAAGCAGAGUCUGAGGAGAAACGUGUCGAGGAGCCAGUACAGGGUGUUUCCGAGACUGACGGUGGUGUCCCUAGUAAAGGAAGUAAGUUUCCAGUAGUUUAAAGCCAAUGUAAAGUGACACGCUCGCGACCAGUGUUCGUGGCAUGUAGAUUUUCCGAAUCAUUCCAACCAAGUAGCAAUUUAUCUCUAACUAUAGAGCCGCGUGGGAUAAAUGCACGCUUUUCCCUCAAAUGAUGCAUUCUUGUUUUUCAUGUUGCCUUGUUUGACUUAAUAGAGACUUCUAAAUUCGAGGACGAAGACGACUGUGAGGACGAAAUUUACGGAAUUUUUUUUCGCCUGUAUUGUUAAAAGAAAUAUAUAACUGUAAAGCUUCAUUCUACUUUUUUUUUACCAGAAAUGUUAGAACGGUCGAUUUUAUUGAAGUCGGUGAAGCCCUUGCUUCUAUCAGAAUCACAUUUUCGCUAAAACUUGGCCCCUAGUUGAAUGACGACGUCUACCAGGUUUUCCCGCCAAAAUGACGCUUGUUAACGCGUUCGCACUACUUAGUAUUGAUAAAAUCUGGUACUCGUCUUAUAAUCUUAAGAUCUCUAAUCAUAAUAUAUGAAUUCAUACAUUAUCGCUCAAGACGUCAGCUUCCGGAACUCUUCACGGUGGCAAAUUUACUUUAUCUACUUAACCUAACAGUACGACAACACAACUACACCUAAGAAGAAAAAAUACUUCAUUGCGUGAAAUAAGUACUUGAAAAAAGGUGAAAGUAAAUUUUAUUUUCUGUUACUUAGGACUUUCGAGCAGUGGAAGUGACGACCAAUUUAAUGAGUCCUUCGUAAACAGAAACCUAACACCUCUCCGAGCUCGAAAUGGCGUUCAACGCAAUGAUUCCUACUAUGUAGCAGUCAAUAAAAGUCAAAGUCCUGGCGGACACUUCUACAGCCCUUUACGGCCACGUCCAUUUCAUCGACCCAGUCCUCUAGCUGUUGGAAAUGGCCGAACACAAUUUCCUGGUCCCAUUACUCCCGCAAGGACGUCAACGCCAGUGGACAAUCGAGUAAUAAACCCUCCGAUCAAUUUUCCCGCCGGAAGGCCUAUAAGUACUGUUGCUAUGCCAACGCCUCCUUUGGAAAGCACUGAUGACAGGCCGUCGAGUCCAUCGCAGGCUUCUCCAAAAGCACUUCCACCCCAGCCCCCUCCAAGAUGGGACUCAGAGAGGGAUACUACGAAAGUUAAUUACGGUGCGCCAUCUGGGCUGCAGUUACGGCUUAAAAUGCCGGACGGACAGAACUCACCGGAGAGAGGGGCCACCCCAACUACACCGCCUCCCCCUCCCUCUCAGUUUUCGAACCAGUCACCUACACGGGAGCUUCCUCCCUCCUACGACCAGGCGGUCGCCCGGCUAGGGAGGUCUCCUCAUCCCUCUGUUAGUUCGGAACCGACUACACCGGUCAAAGAGCAGCGGAAGUCAUGGAGCGAGGAUGUGAACGGGGAAACUCCGAUCAUCCGGCCGCCUAGUCCGUUUUCAUCCGAAGACGAUAAUCCAUUCCAGAGGGAUGGCUUUGGUAGGUUGUCCAUGUCGGAGAAACGAGGCCGAGCAGCGCUGGACGCUAGACAGUCAGAAUUCUUCAUGAAACGAGAUCAAGAAAGGAGUGAAGGUGAGAAUCUUGAAAACCGUGAACACCUGAAAUUAUAUUUCGUGAGGAUUGUAACUUCCUCGUGAGAUAAAUGGCAACACUUUUCAGUAAUAGUAGCUCUUGACACUUACAUAAUUCCUUUAUUUGCCCUCGGCAGUAUUUAUAGCACUUAUGCUAUAAAUAUGCAACUGCAAACCAAAACCAGCUGACUAUUUACAAGCGUGGUCGAGGAUUUGAACUCGGGAUUACCGUGAACAAAUCCAGCUAGAGGUCAGGGCGGGACUUGAACUAUGGGCCUCCGAAUUGCAGGUCCAGCGCUCCCAACCGCUCGGCCACGCUACCCUAAUAGAGAUCAGCAUCAAAUCAGCCUCAGGUUUCCAAGCGACAAAUCUGAUUGUACUGCCGUACAUUUUUUUUAGGGAGUGCCUCGGAAGAGGAAGAAAAGGAAGAAGAAGAAGAAGAGGAGGAAAAACCCGCCGCAGCAAAUACACAUCCGCCCCUCAGACGAGCUGACUCUGAGGAGUUGUUACGAGAGCAGUUCAACAAAGGUAAGAUUUAAUGAACUUGAAUUGUGUACUUCACUUUGCUUCGCUUUUCUGCUUCAGCACUGCUUAGUAGGUUAAACUUAAGCAGUUAUCCAAAGACUCAAAAGUUAGAACUACCUUGUGAGGCAUAUUAAAUAGCACCAGGAGAAAACACUGCUCAAUAGCUUUCAUUUAGCUGUCGAUGAUGAUGAUGAUGAUGACGAGGAUAAUGAUGUUGAUUGGUUUAUUUUGUAGAGUCAAAACUCUUCUAAUUACAACCAGUAACAAUAUAGUUGAGACACGUUUGCAAACAAUAGAAAUAAAAAAAACCACUGGUUUUCUUAUUUCAAUUCUCGUAAAAAAAGAAUUCUCAGGAGUACAAGAGAUUCCCCCCGCCCGCCCGCUCCGUGCCUCUCCUUUUCUCGUGGUUAUCUCUACAAGUGCUGAAUAUGAUCUCAGAAUCCUUUGAACUUUGACAACAGUUGUUGGGGCAGGAGUUGUGCAAAGUCUGAUAAACACCACUUUUGGCUUAUUAGGCUUCAGUCUCAAGCCUUUUUGUAAUUGGUUGUAGCUUAGGAUUUACGAACUAGAAACAUUGCUGGUGUUUUUACCCCUUGUAGGUUCCCAGGACGAAAGAAGAUCACUUCCUCAUAGUCGUAUGCAAAAGAGCAAAUCAACUGGUCAGCUUAAACAUGUCGGCGUUAAAGACAAAAAUAAAAAGUGAGUAAUUUGGUUUUUGCCAAAAAAAUUCCCAGUUUUUUUUGUGUCAAACCCUACAUGACUACAAAGUAGUUUUCAUUGUUAGUAUUAUUACCUUAUUAUUCGGGGUAUCUACUCUAUAAUUUUAUUAACUAUUUAGGUGUCCCAAACUCCACACUUACAUGGAAUAUUUAAGAACGUUUCUUUUCCGUCUCCUCUUCUCCCCUAAUAAUGUCUAUAUUGAAUUUGUAAAUUAUUUGGACUAUUUCUCUUGUAGUUUAUGCGUUUGUGUUCAUUUUGUGUAGAAUCCUACUCUUGUAAUUAUCAUAACCGUACAUAUUUUGUGUGAGUUAAAAGAAACAAAUAGAGUGAAUUAUUAAUACAAAUGUAUUUUGAUCUUGGCUUUUAUAGGUCAAAAAGCAACGACAACCUAAGUUUUACAAAGGCUGUUGAAAAUGCCAACAACGCAUAUUCAGGUGAGAAUUAUCACCCCAUCCUCCCGACUCUUCCUCUUUUGCCCAACCCUAGUUUUAAACAUAUCGUUAGAAGGAAAUCGCUGGGGUUUCAAUUUCUGUCUUUCCUACCUAAACAGUUACGGUCAAACUAAGAAAACCGUGGACACUUAAAUACAAAACUUCUAUCCAAAUACCCGUUGUUAUCUGCCGUUUCGUUUUUUUCCAGUAUGACUGGCCUUUUCCUUGCAAUACGAUAGUGCUCGAAAAAAAUUUCUGGUGUUCAUAGUUUUCUGAGUCGGUUCAGAGUAACAGUUUUUGACCCCUGGAAGUAAUGACUCUCCAAAAAUAUCGACCCCUUGGUCUGAUUAUCUCGUUAACUUCUGAAAAUAACGGUAUUACGCUUUGGGAAGAAAGAAAAAUCGUUUUAAGGCAGGAUAAAAACCCUGUAGCCUGUGUAGCAGGCGCUUGGAAGUAGUGGGCACAAGAAAAAACGGGCGCGCGAGAAGGAGACACGCGAGGGGAGAGGGAGCGCCUGCACGGAAGGCCGCCGAAAAUCGUUUCUCGCCCCCUCUCCAAUUACCUGGCAGCCGUUGCGUGAUCUGUCAAAAGUUUUGACAGAAAACGACUGCCCCCUCGCGUGUCUCCCUCGCGCGGGCCCGUUCUCUCUUUCGCCCACUACUUCCGAGCGCCUGCUACGCAGGCUAAAAACCCUGCAGCCACUCAACUUACACAUGUAGAUAUCGCGUGACUUAUGUGUUCUUUGCGUGAUAUAUUUACAGGAAGUGACAUGCCCAAUGGUCACGCACGCAGUCAGUCUGAAGAAGAGGUACCUAUUACAAUGCAGAGUAACGCAGAUUUCAAUGCAGUGCAACAGAAACUUGCUGUCAAGAAACCAUUCUACAAGGGAAUAUUCAAGUACGUACUUCGUUAGGCUUUUGGUUUGUCAACGACCAUUAAAAGGUGUUACUUUGUUCACUAGUGUUUAACUUGCGGGUACACCCUUCUCUCCUCGCUCGCCGCCAGGAACCAUUCGCGGGAAGUAACUCAAGCGGUGAAGAGCGAGGACAGACGGCUGUAUUCGCGGGCUUUUUCAGGCUGUUUCCGCUGUGUCCGGUAGAUAUACGCCCUUAAUCUGUUCUAAACUCUUUUCAAAGAGUUCGCCAUGCAACUUUAAGGUGGAAGGUGAAUACCUUAAAUAAGCUGUGUGGGUUUGCGCGUGUCCAGUUUUGGUCUGGUUCAGGACCUACACUGUACAAGAUUGGUUUUCAUUCUAAACCGCUGCUCGUAAGGGUUGAAGCGUUGAAGCGUAGAAGCGUGGAUGCCUGUAGCCUGCCAGUACAUCCCAUCGCUGUCCGUCGUUAGGAGCGUUUACAAAAUUCCGUGUUGUGAUCUGAAAAAGGGCGUAAGUUGCAGUUCGUAAUGUCGGGUGGAAAUGGCGCACAUCCCCUUGUGAUCAUUUGUGGUCAGUAGCUUUGAUUGCUAACAGCUGAAGACAGGUGGCCUUCUUCUUUAUCACCAGCCGUCUUCUGUAAUUUACUACCAUCGGUCCCGAGGCAAAUACUUCCUCUUACUCUUACGCGUAUUUUGAGUAUUUUAAGAGGUGACAAACUCAAGCUUUUUAAUUUUACUCACUUUUUCAGGAUUGGAAAAGGAAAGAAAGGCGAUUACAAUUUAACAGACAACGAUGGUCUUUCCUUCAAGCAUACGUAUAACAGAGAAGCACUGAUCGAUUUUCCCGCCGAGCAGCGUUAUCGACAGCUUGUCAAUCACUACGGGCAAGAAAAACCCUCCGACCGCGCGAAUACGCUUCCGACUCGCAGCAAAAAGAAACACGAUGUCAGGAACAAAGGCUACGAAGAAGAACGACCGGCUCCGAUGUUGAAAGUCGGAAGAGUAACAGUAACUGCACCUACUAGGGUUUAAUACACAUGACUUUUUCUUAGGUACUCGUGAAUUCAGAUUUCGAACACGUGAUAGUUGAAUGCAAAGUAGAUUGACUGUUUUCGCUCCAAAAGAUUUUGCGCUCUUUGUUUUAAAGAAAUUGUGAUACCAAGCUUAAGCGUUAGCUAUUGAUAUUCAAGAACUUGCAAAGCAUUUUUAUUUUUGUCCAUAUGACCUUUUAGGUCCUAAAAGUCCUCUUGAAAUUGUAAAUGAACGAAAAUCAAUUUCUUUUAUUAAUAUAGUUCUUCAAGCCCAGAGUGAACGAGAAAUAUUUUGAUACUUUCCGCAACUCGUAAUUCCUUACACGCAAAAAAGUUUCAGUUCUCGUUAUUGUCUUGUCCUUUCAUCGUUUUCCUCUGGGCUUGUGGAGUCUUUUCUUAGCGAUUGUACUGCAGAAACCCGUUUAUUCGAAGCACUGUCGUCCUAAAUGUUCCAGUGAAAAAAUCUAAUUUGUAUGGACGAGAUUUCGAGUGGUUAGGGUUUUACAGUGUACCUCAGUUUCAAUAAGUUAUGUGUUAAGUGAAAUGAAAGAGAGAUUAAACAGUAAUGUGAUAACCAAGCGGUAACAAUAAGCUGAAACUCAUGUGGUUAAUUCGAUUUGUAGAUUGUAUUGAUCCUAAAUAGCUGAUUAUUUUUCCAGAAAAGAAAGAAAACAUAUUUUGCAUUACGUUUUUGUAAAGUAACUUAAAUAUAUCUCUACCCGAUCUGUAAAUAGCAAUACACCUCAAUUACAAUCAAAAUAGUAGAAUUUUUUUCUUAAAAUUGUACCAACUGAUAUAUAUGCAAAUUUAGCUAGGUUUGUAAUAAUUGCUUUGUGGUUUAAGUUUGAUCACAGAUUAUUGUCGCCGAUAUCGAC